AUGUCAAGUUGUACAGAGAGAAGUUUAGGAAUUGGUGGUAAAGAUAAACUUAGAGAAUGCUCGGCUACUAUAGUUGGGCAUUUUUUAAGCAAUCCCAUCUACAUAGACAUCUACAUAGACACCUACAUAGUUAAACAUCGAUACCUAUAUAGAAUGGCUGAUCAAUCUGAUACAGAAGCUGUUACUGUUACUAGUGAAAAGAAGGAUCCUAAAAGGGUUGAAGCUGGAAAAAGACUUGCUAUAUUAAGUAAAGCAGCAAGGGAAAGAAAAAAGAAGGAAGCUGCCCAGCCAAAGGAAUCAACCAACAAUGAUAAUAUGAUUACCUACCUGGGUGUGGGAAGCGCAAUGGUAUCUCUUGUACUAGCAUUCAGCGCACAUCAGAGGGAAACUAGGGAACCAGAAGUCAGAUACGUACCUAGUACUGUAGAAGUAACUAAAAAAUUAGAUGAGUCCAAGUUAGAUUCACUUGAAUGA